CGUGCGCCGCGCCGCCGCUGGCUUCUCGGGGCUCCGGCGGACACAUGGAUCUGGUUGGCCGGUGGCGGACCCUGCCCAGCGGGCCUAGCCUAAAGCACUUGACCGACCCCGCUUACGGGGUCCCGCGGGAGCAGCAAAAGGCGGCCUUGCAGGAGCUGACGCGGGCGCACGUGGAGUCGUUCAACUACGCGGUGCGCGAGGGGCUCGGCCACGCGGUGCAGGCCAUAGCGCCCUUUGAAUUUGCUUUCAAAGAUGAGCGCAUCACUCUUACUAUCGUGGACGCUGUGAUCAGUCCCCCCACGGUUCCCAAGGGCACCAUCUGCAGAGAGUUCAACGUGUACCCAGCAGAAUGCCGGGGCCGAAGGAGCACCUACCGUGGGAAGCUGACGGCUGAUAUCAGCUGGGCGGUAAAUGGCACCUCCAAAGGAAUCAUUAAGCAGUUUCUCGGCCAUGUGCCCAUCAUGGUGAAGUCCAAGCUUUGCAACCUGUACAACCUUUCUCCCCAGGCCCUCAUUGAGCACCACGAGGAGGCAGAGGAAAUGGGAGGCUAUUUUAUAAUCAAUGGCAUUGAAAAAGUCAUCCGCAUGUUGAUUAUGCCUCGGAGAAAUUUCCCCAUUGCAAUGGUGAGACCAAAAUGGAAAAGCAGAGGACCCGGCUAUACUCAAUAUGGAGUGUCCAUGCACUGUGUGAGGGAGGAGCACUCUGCAGUCAACAUGAACCUGCACUACCUGGAGAACGGCACGGUGAUGCUGAACUUUAUUUACCGGAAGGAACUGUUUUUUCUUCCUUUGGGAUUUGCACUUAAGGCACUUGUCAGCUUUUCCGAUUACCAGAUUUUCCAGGAACUCAUCAAGGGAAAAGAGGAUGACUCUUUCUUUAGGAACUCCGUCUCUCAGAUGUUGAGGAUUGUCAUGGAAGAGGGUUGCUCCACACAGAAGCAGGUUCUCAACUAUCUCGGCGAAUGCUUCAGAGUAAAACUCAGCCUUCCAGACUGGUACCCAAAUGAGCAGGCCGCAGAAUUCCUGUUUAACCAGUGCAUCUGUAUCCACUUGAAAUCCAAUACUGAAAAGUUUUACCUGCUUUGUCUCAUGACCCGGAAGCUCUUUGCCUUAGCCAAAGGCGAGUGCAUGGAGGAGAAUCCUGAUAGUUUAGUGAAUCAAGAGGUGCUCACGCCUGGUCAGCUCUUCCUUAUGUUUCUGAAGGAAAAGAUGGAAGCCUGGUUAGCGUCUAUUAAAAUAGCUUUGGAUAAGAAGGCUCAGAAGACCAACAUCUCCAUAAACGCUGAAAAUCUGCUGAAGGUUUUUAGUAUGGGAGCAGACCUUACCAGGCCAUUUGAGUAUCUUCUUGCUACUGGGAACCUACGUUCUAAAACAGGUCUGGGCUUCCUGCAAGAUUCUGGCCUUUGUGUUGUGGCCGACAAGCUGAACUUCAUACGCUACCUCUCCCAUUUCCGCUGUGUGCACAGAGGGGCUGACUUUGCCAAGAUGAGGACCACCACCGUCCGCAGGCUGCUCCCGGAGUCCUGGGGCUUCCUGUGCCCUGUGCACACCCCAGACGGGGAGCCCUGUGGUCUGAUGAACCACUUAACUGCCAUCUGCGAGGUCGUCACGCAGUUUGUGUAUACGACAUCCAUCCCACCUUUGCUGUGCAGCCUGGGGGUCACACCCAUCGAUGGGGCUCCACACCGACCGUACAGUGAGUGCUACCCUGUCCUGCUGGAUGGCGUCAUGGUAGGCUGGGUGGAUAAGGAGCUUGCUCCCGGCAUUGCAGAUUCUCUCCGUCUUUUUAAGGUGCUGAGAGAAAAAAGAAUCCCCCCCUGGAUGGAGGUGGCCCUUGUCCCCAUGACAGGAAAACCAAGCCUGUACCCGGGGUUGUACCUUUUUACCACUCCCUGUAGGCUCGUCCGGCCUGUGCAGAACUUGGAAUUGGGCAGGGAAGAACUGAUUGGAACUAUGGAGCAGCUGUUCCUGAACGUUGCCAUCUUUGAGGACGAGGUUUUGGCCGGGGUCACUACGCACCAGGAGCUCUUCCCUCACAGCAUGCUCAGCGUCAUCGCCAACUUCAUCCCUUUCUCUGAUCACAACCAGAGUCCCCGGAACAUGUACCAGUGCCAGAUGGGUAAACAAACCAUGGGCUUUCCACUUCUCACUUAUCAAGACCGAUCAGAUAAUAAGCUGUAUCGUCUCCAGACUCCACAGAGUCCCCUAGUCAGGCCAUACAUGUAUGACUAUUACGACAUGGACAACUACCCAAUUGGGACCAAUGCCAUCGUUGCUGUGAUUUCUUACACUGGCUAUGAUAUGGAAGAUGCCAUGAUUGUGAAUAAGGCCUCUUGGGAACGAGGCUUUGCCCAUGGGAGUGUCUACAAGACCGAGUUCAUAGACCUCUCUGAAAAAAUUAAGCAGGGAGAUGAUAGUUUGGUGUUUGGAGUCAAACCUGGUGACCCGCGGGUCUUGCAGAGAUUAGACGAUGACGGCUUGCCGUUCAUCGGAACAAAAUUACAGCAUGGAGAUCCAUACUACGGCUACUUAAACCUCAACACCGGGGAGAGCUUUGUGGUGUACUACAAGAGUAAAGAAAAUUGUAUUGUGGAUAACAUCAAAGUGUGCAGUAACGACACUGGGAGUGGAAAAUUCAAGUGCAUUUGCAUCACGAUGAGAGUCCCUCGGAACCCAACUAUUGGAGAUAAAUUCGCCAGUCGUCACGGGCAGAAGGGCAUUUUGAGCCGCCUGUGGCCGGUCGAGGACAUGCCUUUCACCGAGAGUGGGAUGGUCCCAGACAUUCUGUUCAAUCCUCACGGCUUCCCCUCACGCAUGACCAUUGGCAUGCUGAUCGAGAGUAUGGCCGGGAAGUCUGCAGCCCUGCACGGCCUCUGCCACGAUGCCACCCCCUUCACCUUCUCCGAGCAGAACUCGGCCCUGGACCACUUUGGCGAGAUGUUAAAGGCUGCCGGCUACAACUUCUACGGCACCGAGAGAUUGUACAGCGGCAUCAGCGGGCUGGAGCUGGAGGCAGACAUCUUCAUAGGCGUGGUUUAUUACCAGCGCUUGCGCCACAUGGUCUCGGACAAAUUUCAGGUUAGGACAACUGGAGCCAGGGACAGAGUCACCAACCAGCCUAUCGGGGGCAGGAAUGUCCAGGGUGGAAUCCGUUUUGGGGAGAUGGAGCGCGACGCUCUGUUAGCUCACGGCACAUCUUUUCUUCUUCAUGACCGCCUCUUCAACUGCUCCGACCGCUCCGUAGCCCACGUGUGUGUGGAGUGUGGCAGCCUGCUCUCUCCGCUGCUGGAGAAGCCACCGCCGUCUUGGUCUGCCAUGCGCAACAGAAAAUACAACUGUACACUCUGUAACCGCAGCGACACUAUCGACACCGUGUCUGUGCCUUACGUUUUUCGGUAUUUUGUAGCUGAACUGGCAGCCAUGAACAUCAAGGUGAAACUGGAUGUCGUAUAACUUGAUGCCGGUCUCUUGAGUUAGAAGACUUAUCAGAUUAAAACAAAUUAUAGGGGCCGGCAUUGUGGUGUAGCAAGUUAAUGCGCUGUCUGCGACACCAGCAUCCCAUAUGGGCUCCUGUUUGUGUCCUGGCUGUUCCACUCCCCAUCCAGCUCCCUGAUGAUGCGCCUGGGGGAGCAGCAGAAGAUGGCCAAGAGCUUGGGCCUCUGUACACGGAAGAAGCUCCUGGCUCCAGGCUGGCCCAACUCCAGCCAUUGCAGCCAUCUGGGGAGUAAUAAGCGGGUAGAAGAUUCUAUAUAUCCGUUCCCAAUCAAUCAAUCAAUCUUUAGAAAAAAUUGUAACUUUAAUUCAGUAAAUGCUACUCUUGAAUUUCUCUCAAGGGUAUUAAACUGUCUGCCAAAAAAUAAACUGUCAACCAAGAA